UUCCACGACGAAUCAGAAAGUUGAAACUCACUCUAUCCCUUUGAGCACAGCAAAGACUGAGGAGACAAAAAAAAAUAGCACAGACGAAUUUCUUCCACAUUUAUAGAAAUGGCCAGAAGUCUAGUUGGAUUUCUGGUUCUCUUGCUCUUCGUAUCGAUCUGCGAAGCUGGUUCGCUUUUUCAACCGAUCUCCGAUUCUCAUCGAUCUGCUGCUCUUGAGCUUUUCACUUCUGAUCAUGGAUCCUUCAAAAGCUUGGAAGAAACAUACGAGGCACUAAGAACAUUUCAGAUUCUUGGAAUUGAAAAGAAGCCUGAUGUAACCGCCGCGGCUUGCCGUUCAAUUUCGGAAACCAUUGGGUUAUCGUCUUCAACCCCAAAGAAUCUUUUCUAUGCUUUAAAAGCGAAUAGCAUAGCGGAAUGCAAGAUAAACGAGAAAGCUUCUCUGGGCAUUAUUACAAGACUUAAUGCUGCCAUCAAUGGUGCAAGUUCGUUGCUUGACUUCUACUAUUCGGUUGGAGGUUUGGUACUUAUCAAGGAUCAGAAUUCCAAAGCUGACGUUCAUCUUGCUGAUGCUGAGGGAGUUUUCCGCUCAGUCAAGGCUUUCAGCCAGAGUGAUGGAAGGUGGCGUUUUAGUUCGAAUAAUCCCGAGUCUAGUGCCUUUGCUGCUGGAAUAGCACUUGAAACACUUUCUGGAAUUGUUUCAUUAGCAUCUUCAGAACUUGACCAAUCUUUGAUUAGUACACUAAAGAAUGAUAUAAGCAAGCUUUUUGACAGUAUUGAGAAAUACGAUGAUGGGGCCCUUUACUUUGAUGAUAAACUUGUUGAUGGUCGUGAACAUCAAGGUCCUUUAUCAACCACCUCAUCUGUUGUUAGAGGGCUCACAGCAUUUGCAGCAGUCACUGCUGGCAGUCUCAAUAUUCCAGGGGACAAAAUACUUGGAUUGGCUAAAUUCUUCCUUGGCAUUGGAGUUCCUGGCGAUGCCAAAGAUUUCUUCAACCAAAUAGACUCCUUAGCCUGUUUGGAAAGCAACAGGCUUUCCAUCCCACUGAUCCUAUCACUUCCAUCUACAGUGCUUUCCUUGACUAAAAAAGACUCACUCCAGGUUAGAGUUAACACUGUGCUUGGUUCAAAUGCACCACCUCUAACAGUAAAACUUGUGGGAGCUUUUAGUUCUGAUUCAAAGGAUGCAUCUCUAAUUGAAAGCCAGGAACUUAAGUUUGAUGCUGGAACUGGGAUACAUAUCUUGAACAGCUUACCAAAGAGUAUUGAUGUUGGAAGUUACAAAUUUGUUUUUAAGAUUGUGUUUCAUGACCCUGAGCAUAAAAAGGUUUAUGUUACUGGAAGCCAAACAGAAGUACCAAUAUUUGUCACAGGACUUGUCAAAAUUGAAAAUGCAGAAAUUACAGUACUUGACAGUGAUCUUGGGAGCAUAGAGACGCAGAAAAAGCUAGAUUUAGCUGGACAAAAUGCUGUAUCAUUAUCAGCAAACCACCUACAGAAGCUGCGUCUAUCCUUUCAGUUUACAAGUCCUCACGGACAUGCUUUUAAGCCACAUCAGGCAUUGCUCAAGUUGAGGCAUGAAAGCAACGUUGAACACAUCUUUGUGGUUGGAAACUCUGGAAAACAGUAUGAGCUAGUUCUAAAUUUUCUUGGGCUCGUUGAGAAGUUCUUCUAUCUCUCAGGUAGAUAUGACAUAGAACUCACUGUUGGUGAUGCUGUUAUGGAGAACUCUUUAUUACGAGCUAUUGGAUAUGUUGAAUUAGAUCUACCAGAACCACCUGAGAAGGCACCCCGCCCUCCUCCGCAGCCCAUUGAUCCUUACUCAAGAUAUGGGCCCAAAGCAGAGAUAACACACAUCUUCAGGGCUCCUGAAAAGCGUCCACCGAAGGAGCUUUCUCUUGCUUUCCUGGGUGUUACCAUCUUGCCAUUACUUGGAUUCUUGAUUGGGCUAUUACGUUUAGGGGUGAACCUGAAGAACUUUCCUACCAAAGCACUACCUGCCACGUUUGCCAUUCUGUUCCAUGUUGGCAUUGGAGCAGUUCUGUUGCUUUAUGUGCUUUUCUGGUUGAAGUUGGAUUUAUUCCAAACACUGAAACUACUUGGUUUCUUGGGAGUUUUCCUUGUGUUCGUCGGGCAUAGAAUCCUUUCCCAUCUGGCUGCAACAUCAGCCAAGUUGAAAUCUACCUGAGAGAUGAAUGAAUGAAGAAAAAUGAAAAGAGUCUUCUCUUUCAAUAGCAUAUUUAUCUCAGACAUUUUAACUCAAUUUUGUAGGCUCAUUUUGACAUCAUCUGUUAUGAAUCUUAGCAAUUAGUGUUACUUCAAUGAAAAAAAAUAUGCUGAUGUUUAAAGCAUCAAUGACGUUUUAUUUGGUAGCAUCACCGUUAAGAAAAUAUGGCUUUUGAUUAAAAAAUC